GAAGGCACAGUGACGCGCACGUGUAGCGCGUGUGUCACGCAUAGAGUAGAAUAGGAAAGUUUCGGUCAUUAUCUCAAUAGUCUCUCUCUUUCUCUCUUCCUUUCGCUCCUUCUCUCUCCCUCUCUCUCUUUCCCGUCGCUGGACCGCCAAGUCCAUUCUCGGUGGAGGAUCGUUAGACAAGUGUGGGCGAUUGAAGGGUGAUAAUCGAGCUGGGGCAAACAAAUCGCGCGAACAAUGCCUGCGAACAAAUCGAACCUGUCGACGCCUCGUAAAGAAAAAUCCGGCAACGGGCUAAUUCCCGCCUCCACCCCUACCGUUGCCGCCGCCUCGAGGAAGAAGAAGCGCUCGGCCUACGGCUCGGUCAAGCAUAAAAAACAUUGCAAGCAAUAUCUGCAGCUUCAUUCGGAAUAUAGGAGCACGUACACAUGGCACGAGUACACAGGACCGCAGGAACAUAUGGUUGUGCGACGCGCGCCACAACCACCAUCGACGAAGCAACCGAGCGCGAAGCUACAAUCGGCCAAGUCAACUGAGGAUGAGAACAGCGAAGGGCCCACCCUGGAACCACCAUUACCCAGACGGAAAAAAUGCCCGGCGCUCGCUUACAGAACACACGAAUUCAUCACGGCGGCGGAUGGCGGUGGUAUAGACGUCAUCGACUCGAACGUUGUAGCUGACAAGGAAGUUACCGUAACAUCGGCACUGCCACCGAGUCAGUUGAGCAAGGCGAUAUCCCGUAUCAGUACUGAAUAUCGGCUACAAUUCGCCUGGCCUAGGAAACAGCAGUUGAUGAAUGGCGAGACCCAGGCGCCGAUUCCAGCUGCGGGAGGCCCCACGGGCACGGCGGGCCCGCCAAGAAAAUCGCUGAGCAUGGGAGCCCUUAAACAGGGUAUGGCACCUACCGGACUCGCUCCGGUCCACAAAAAGAGACCCGGCGACUUUAAUCACAAGCGCGACGGAGUUCAAGCGUCCGAGCUGGAACCGCUCGUGGGUGGCAUCGGAACGGACACGAUCGACGGCGCGGUACCAGAGGGUGACGAGCGCGACGAGGACCUGUCGGACUUGAAGAUAACUUUCAGGAGUAAAAAGUAUGAUAAAACCGUGCGGAUAUCAGACCGUGCGGGUAAGGGACCGGGCAAAUCGCAGGUGAAACCAUUUCCCACGGCGGAGAUGAUCGAACUCCGGCGACUCGCUGACGAGUACAAGCAUCGUGACUGGGGUUGCGGUCUGGCCGAGGACGAGGCUUCGCUGUGGAAACAAGUCUCCAGUAACCAUGCGCUCAACGCCCUAUCGCUUGCCAGAUCUGUGACGAAAGAGGAAAAAGAAAAGGAAAAUACGAGGAAGGUAAUGCCUAUCGCCAGCAUGGUCACCGCUAUGCCACCAGCGGGUCGACCAUCCUCGGUGCAGGCUAGACCGAUCUACGGAAUAUUGCAGGAUGACACUAAAACGGAUAACGAUCGAGCAAUCGCUCGCGCAAGAAAAGACUUCUUGAUCCGCCACCACCUUGAUCGUACCACUGGUGUGGGUGAUGGUGCACUGCUUCCCUCUCCGACGAGAGAAAAGCUGGAGCCCGUGAUCCCACGACGUCGCGAGGAUGUCAAGGAACAUCGAGAUGAGAUUCAGCCGCGAACCAAAUCUAGUCCGAAGAACAGUCCGAGGACCGGACGCUCCCAGAGUCUCGGACCUACCGUCACUGAUCGCAGAUCGCCUAAACGUCAACCUGCACGUGCCCCAUCGAUCUCCAAAGAUGCCAAGGAAAAAGAAAAGGAAACGAAAGACAAGGAUAAGGAUCAAAGAGAACGAAGCGGCGAACGCGAAAGACAUCCACGGCCGACCUUCCUCGCGACCACCGUCCCUCCUCAUCGCCCUCUUCAUCAUGCUAAACCCACAACCACCAUCACUACCACCACCACCACCACUGUCACUAGCGUUAACAAUACUAGCGCAAGUACGGUUUCGGUAAAACGUUCCCCGAUAAAGCAUUCGAUUCAUGCGAGCGCCCAUCACCCACCUACUACGUCGGGCGCUGCCGCUGCGGCCAGGCCGGAGCGCGGCGUUAAAGAUUUAAGCCAAAGGUGCCGAGGUGCGAAUGACGAGGCUCAGACAAAAUUGGCCCGCGGGCAUCCAGCAGCUGCGGCUGCAGCCGCCGGCGAUGAUCCAUCAUCCAAAUCAUCCUCCGAUACGCGAUCCGUGUCAAAUCGAGCCGCUACUACUGCCGUCCAAGCUAUGACGGCGGAGCCUCAACUAAACGGAGAUGUCACGGGAGGAGACUCGAGUGUCGCUUCAACGCCGCCGUCGCAAACGACGCAGGGACCGCCGGCGUCCACCGCGCAACCAAGUCCGUGGCUGGACGACGAGCCGGUGGUGAAGAGUCCGCCGGAGCCAACGAGAGUAAAAUCGCCAGAACAGAUGAUCAUGCGCUCACCGGAACCCGUAAACUGGACCGUACCCCUCGACACCGGCAAGACGUUCACCGUCACGCAAAAUGUCCGGGAAGAACCCCUGACGCGUCCGCAUAGCGAGGCAAAGACCUGGGCACCCUCAUCGGUACCGUCGGCGCCGCAAUCCGCACCACCGGAGCUCGCAGCCCAGCACAAGUCCCAACAUUCCCAACACUCUGGUUACAAGUCGCCCGAGAGCGAGAGCGUCUCGCUCGGUAGUUUUAGUGGCAUAAACGGCCAUAAGGACUUGGAUUCGGAGAGGGACAGUCCGUUACCCGCAAGCGCGCAGGAUCCACCCACGAUGCCCGAAAAGGUCAUCGAUAUCGUCGAGGAAACGAAAGAGCGACAGAGUCCGGAGCCGUCGACAAAACCGGCGACGAAUCUAAAACGCCUGGAAGAUCCGACGUUCCAAGUGGAGAAGAAGGAGAGCGGUGUGCCGAUGACGACUGCGACAACGACGACAACGGUGACAUCGUCUGCAUCGCCGCAGCAGCAGCAGCAGAGUUACCGAAUUCUCGAGGCCGAAUCGUCGCCUCAAAGUGGUGGCGGAAGUGCCAGCGGAGGUGGCAAUGGAAGUGGCAGCACUAUCAGCGGUUAUCACGUUUUGGAGGCACCUGCGAUCGUGCCGGGCUCGGCGCAGCGUUCAACGGCGAGCGACGUUCUGGAGAAGGCGCGAAACCGCUUUGACAAAUUUUGGGGAAAGGGAAAUAACGGCAACACGGAAAAUUAGAAAUCGCGACAACCUUUAGAAGCAACAAGGCGAAAGACGACCAGGGAUACCACGUCUCUCAUCUCGGAAGGAAUGGCGGAGUGACGUCCUGCGAAAUGAGAAGAAGAACAUUGUCCCGCCCGUUUACGGGGGUCGAUUUGACUAACGUGCUUUCCUGAUUGCUCCAAGAGCGACAAUGUAGUAGCGUACGAGCGAAGGAGAAAGGAAGAGACGAGUGAAAAGAGAGACACGCCGUAUUGGCGUUCUCGCGAAUUCUCUGAGAGAAUUCUCCUCGUUCACGUUCCUCGGUCACUCGUGAUGACUGGAGACAUUCGCCAAGAAGAUCUCUCGAGCUUCUUUACGUUUUCGGUGUUACAUCGGAUUCCGAAAACACUCGAGAGCUGCGGAGAGUCAGAAAAUAACGUAUUACGUAUAAGCGGGAGAAUAUCUCUCAGAGGAUGCUGUCGCAAAAAUGAAGAAGGCGUUCGUCAAAAGAUCAAACGAUAGAAAGGCAACUUGACAAGCAACCUGCUGUUUGAUUCAAGAUGGAUGCAGAACUCCCGAGCUUCAAACUACGAUCGAUCAUUGAUCACUGAUUGAAUUAAAGAUCGACACACGGUGCUGAAUAAUCUUAGACUAGGAAAGUAAUUCACGCGAUGACGCAUACUCGAAAAAAGGCACAAAGACUCGGCGUCUAUCGGAUCAUUGAUCAUUAAAUGAGAGAGAAAUCGCUUUCUGUGUGCUCUUCCUUAUUAUCUCCAAACGCAGACCGUAGGACAGUAUCGUGGAUAUUUGCGCAUCCGCAUUAGAGAUAAAAAAAAAUAGUUCCAGACAAGGAUACGUCAGGGUGAAAGAUUCGGAAGACCGAUAUAGGAAGCUUAUAUAACGAUGACGAUGACGCGUGCAGGCAAUGCGUCGAUCUCGUUUCAACCUGAAGAAUGACUCUCGAAUGAUGCAACCAUUUACACUCUCACGCAUGCUUACAUAUACGGAUUACAAAUAGACAGAUACACGCAUACGAGUACACACACGCCACGACAUGUUCCUAGUCUUUCCUUUGCCGACUAAUGAGCGAUUGUGCAAAUCAUCGUGAAAUUUCAUAGGCUACGCAACCGGAACGUUACAUGACGAGUAUUUGCACAUUUUAUUUUUCUGAGAGGAAAUGUUUAACGAAAUCAGAAGAUAUUAUUCGAUAAAACCACUUUUUUUUAAGCAGUACGUAAUUUUUCACUUCGCAAAACUGUCUCGAAAAGGAUAGAGUGCACUCAUACUUAUCAUAAAAACAUACAUACACGUACACACGCACGCACGCAUGCACGCGUACACGCAGAAAUUCUUCGUUACACGGACGUAAGAACGGUGUUUAAACGAAAGACGCAUUCGUGCGAAAAAACAUUGACGUUAUAUAGGAUAUUUAAGUGAUCCCAUAUACGAGGGAUCCACCCGUAGCUAAGCCCGAAUUCUUUUUCAGACAAGACUCGGAACUAAAUAUCGAGCUGACAGGUAAAAACGGCUUGUCGCUAAGAAUCAAUGAAACCGGGAAGGAUAUACUUAUCGCCUUCGGAUACCGCUUCAUGCGUUUUAUAUAAGUCUAUAUAUAUACACACACACACAUGAUAUAGAAAUAUAACAAUAUUAUUAACACGUAUACUUAUGUGCAUACAAUUACGGGAUAUCGCACUCGCGGAUUAUAAAUAAAAUGCGGCGUUGUGCUGACGAUUUCUCAGAUCCACUGUCGCUCUAUUGAAUGAUAUCGCACAUUGUGCGAUAUUGUGUGUAAUAAUUGUCGAGACACUUUAUAACGUAGCAAUGACGAAAGUAGUAGUCGCAAUGAAAUUGAACAAUUUUUAUAUAUUUGAUUUCAUCAAGAUGAUACACAUAUCGCUCAUUUGCUGCAAAUCGCUUUUAUUGAGUUAUUAGUACAGGGAGAAAGCUUGCCAAAUAUGCUUUUUUUCCUAACAAGAACAUCAUAUUUUUACUUACGUCAUAUUCUAAAAGCUAUUUUUAACAAGAUUGUCAUAAGUCUAAAGAGGAGUUGCUUUCGGGUUACAGGAGAAUCCACAGUAGUGAUUAAAUCCAUUAUAAUAGUUUUUUCUUUCUACUAUCUUACGUUACUUUAUUCAAUUAUGCCAAUACGGUAUUUUAAAAUUCUCGUAGAAAGUUAUAACGAUUCAAAACUUUAAAUCGUGUCUCCUGAAAAAUCACAAGUUUUGAGUUAUGUCAUUGUUGCAGCAAAUGAGCGAUAUAUUUACUUGCGUGGAAUAUGUAUAUACAUGUCAAAGUAUCAUUUGGAAUUCUUGCGUGGGAGGCUUUACCGAGGGGAAGGAGAGUCCACGUGUUAUAUGGGGCGAUCUGCGGAAUCCUCGGUAGAACCGCGGAGCAAUUUUUUUUUCUCUUUCCUUAUGUGUGUCGUCACGAAAGAACUUGCUUCAUCUCCAUACUAAAUAUCGACACUUUCACUUUCGUGAUUUCGUUUCGAACGAAUUUCUUCACGAAAAAAAUAUCCAAUAACUUAACUCAAAGAUUUCUUAUUUUGCCGUUGUAAAACAAAUAUUAAUAUGUGUUUAUUUUUAGAAAUUGGAAACGAGAACGACUGCGCCGCAAAUUUAACGAUUCCAAGCAACAUGAUUACUAUUAUAUUGAGGCAAAAAAAAAAUAUUUCGAGAAGCGAAAGCGAUUGUUUUCUCUUUGAUCGUUUAAAAUUGCAAAUCGUAUUGGCGCGUAUGGUCGAAAAACGUGAGUCUUAGCCGCAUUUCCGCGAAAGCAUUACGAUUAAAUUUAGACCUGAGAAGAUUGUUACUCGUCAAAGAAAAGUGAAUUACUGUAGAGAGGCGUAGAGUUUUUUCACACAGAGUACACAUAGUCAAGCAUUUCUGCGAUUAAGGAUAAUUAUGAAGUCACUCUGUGUGUGUGUGUGUGUGUGUGUGUGUGUGUGUGUGUGUGUGUGAUGAUAACGAUGUGAAAAACACGAUUUUAUUCUCGGAUCGAUCAAGAUGAUUGCCCAAUGUUAUCUGAAAUGGAAGCGAAUAGGCAUCACAUAUUGAAAACAGCAAGAAAAAAGACAAAGAAAGACGAAUGACGUUACCUACCCACCGUGUACGCUACAUAUUCCGUCUGAUUUCUUAUACAAUUUUUUUAAACAUAUUUCUCUUGAAAGAAGACCACGAUGACGGUGACAGCGAUGAGAAAAGAUCUACGCUCACUCCACAGUUCAACUUGUUUGACUCGAUAGACGAGAGUUCUUCGAUCUUUCAAACUUACGAUAAAUAUCGAAAUUCCUAUUAAAAACAAGUGUGUAUUUCGGUAUUUCAAGUAAUGUUUAAAAUAACGUUUAAAAUAUUUCAACAUAUGGUACCACACACAUAUUACAUAUUUGAUUAGUUAAACAUGUGAAAAAAAAGGAAGAUUUGUGAAAGUUCUUUUUGCAGUCAUCUCCGAGAUGUUUUUGCAGCGUUUUGCAACAAAACUCGGAGAACACCCGCUUAUCCUCGCUGAGGGAUGCCGCAAAACAGGAAAAAGACGACUCGGUGGAGCUUUUCUCUAUCUCUCUCACACGCGCGCAUACGGUAUAUACCGCACUCCAUCCAGAUCCACGUCCAAAAGCCAACAAACGUAGUGAAGCAGCGUAACGAUAAUAAUGUAAUAACAGUAAUGAUACUAAAUAAUAAUACUGAAAACACAUCGCUAAGUAUUAUAAAUAUAUCUAUAUAUAUACAUAUGUAAGAAUGAGCAAACCACCGAUGAGACAGAUCCAAUGAACGGAACAGCAUUCAAGAUAAAAGAUAAAUCGCUUCGAAAGCAACGAUCGCUGGCAAUGAUAUCGUUUGUUGCUCACAGUCACAGUUGAACGUGAACACGAUUUCGGAUGGUAAGAGUAACCGUUGAUGUCUGUGUGAGAUUGAUGAUGAUAGGAAAGAUGAACAAGUUUCUGGCUCAUCUGAUAAUUUAGCUGUUGUGGAAGCUUCAAGUGCAUCAGUGAUUCCCAGAUUUAACACGACGCGCGACGGCGUCUCACAAAACUAUAAUCGAAUAUGUCACUUCAUCUUAGCCAGAUUUAUGUUAUCAAUUAAUUGGGAAACAUAAAAAGCCUAUUGAUUCCGCGAUAUGAAAUACCUAUCAAAUGUUUUCAUUCAUCCCUUUCUUUGUUUUAUAUAAUUUAAAUUCCUCUUUUAUAAAUAUUACGCAUAUUGCAAAUAAAAACAAAUUAUAAAAAUUAUUUCGUCGCCUUCAACGUCCACUUUACAUUUGUUCUUGUAGUAAUGUAUAAUUUGGAAGUUGUACAAAAGAUACACGUGGGAAACAAAUCUGUGAAUCACUGUGACAUGCUACCUUCGCAUGAACCGUAUGUUAUAGAGCUUUUCUCCAUUGCGAAAGUCCACAAGUCCAUUGCGUAAGAUUUCGGCCUAAUUUUUCAUUAAGAGAGUAAUUCUUUACUUAACGUGUAGCAUUGCGGCACAUUUUAUUAAACGAGUGCGUGAUCCUCUUUGUACGUUCGCCUUUCGGCUUUCAAUGUGGCAAUUGUCGAACAGAAAUUAAGUAUUCUUACUCAGUGUCGAAGAAAUGCUUAAAACGAACCACGAAAUUAAAAAAAGAAAAGGGAAAAAAAAGAAAAGUGAUAUUUAGAGAAUAAGUCGCGCGGCUCCGAUUUAGCUGAAGAGAUUUCAUCGAUUUAACUCGAGAGAAUUCUUCCAUUAUUUACGCGAUACGUGACAAAGGUCGACAAUCUUUCCGAAACGACACGAAAUUACGUGAGUCACAGACCACAGGGCGAUAUUCGUAGUCCGUUCUUAUAUAUACCUCGAGAUACUAAUCAACUUUUUUAAUAGUUGGCUAAUAAGCACGUUCAAGUUUAAAAAUGAUAUCAAAUGUAAUAAAGGAUCAGACUAUGAAUACCGUUCAUAAAGAAUGUCCAUGGGAUAUCUGAAAAAAUUACAAAGAUUCAAGCUAUUUUCGCAGACAGUUCGUAAUGUCUCUUAAACAUUCGUGUCGUUCGGCUUCUUAGAUUCCACUAGUAGGAUUCCAUCACAGACACGGACGCUUCGCAGCAUCGUUGACGAAAGUGACGAUGAAAGAACUGGCUGCAGCUCCAAAUUGCUUUGCUUCAAUCCAACGCAAGUCCAAUGCGAUUACUCUCCUAUUGCAUUCUGUGUCGCGAAAUGCGAUAUUUGGCAUCCACGUUUUUUCAACGAAACGCGCAUUGUUAUAAGCUCUGCUUACGCAGCUCCGCUCCGAAUGAGGAAAUUAAUCAAUUUGAAAUUAUAUUUAUUGUUAUAAUAUUAAAUCUUCUAUUGGGAUAGAAAUAUCGAAAAUGUAUAAAACGAGUUUUUGUUCUUUCCAUUAUUCGACAAUAAAUAUUUAAGCGUUCGACACAAGCAAUACGCUGUCUUAAGAAAAAAAUAUAAUAAUUAUAUUAUAAAAAUAUAAUAAUAAAAAUAAUUACACGGGAGGAGUGGCAUAUAGCCGCGCUUAUAACAUGUCAAAGAUGCAUCUCGCAAGCUUACACUGCCCAUCCAAGUUCAGAAGCUGACCUGUCCUGUGAUCUUCAGAAUGUCACACCGUGGGUAGAACCGAUCACUAUUCGAUCUGAAAUGACCAAGCGAUACUCGAAGACACACUACGUCCAUCGCGUUUCUAACACCUUUGUUGUUGGCAUCUUCAAUAUGAUAUUGUUACACUGUCGUGUCGAUCCGCAAGUUUGUUUCUGAGUGCACAUGAAAUAUCGUUCUCGAUGAACGAUAAAACAAGUGUCUAGCCAUUGAUCCGUGUCGUGAGAUUCAGAGUGAUAUCAGUGAUAUCAAAGAGCGAUAUUCAUACUCGAUGUAGAUGUUAAUAAGACUUUUUUAUCAGCUGACAACACCCUUAGAGCGAGCGCAUGAGGUCGGACUAUGAAUAUCGUUGAUAGUUGACCAAGUGUAUUCAGGAUGUACGCGCGCGUGCAUUGCUUCCUUUUCGUGCUCAUGUCCUGGUAUUCUCUGGAUGCACUAUGUUGUUAUCAUCGUUAGGAUAUAGAUAAAAAAAAUGGAACAGUUUAAACGCUAGCUCUUUUAAGACACGUGCGUCGACAAAUAUUCCAUGUUUUUGCUCCCCUUAUCACGUUUCUCCGUUUUUUUUUCGAGAAUAUAACGAUAAAAAACGGUAAGAAAAGAUUGGAUUGUUGAAAGAAUGAAUUCUUAUCUUAUAUUAAUUAAUAUUAAUAUAAAUUAAUAUAAUUUAUAUUAAUUUCUCGUCACGACGAAUUGGCGUGCUGGCACGUUGUUGUUUGUAAUUAUGCGAAAAUGCGCGACGAAGAUCUCAAGACAAGUCGAGAGACACUUUCCGAAGGAUCUAGCGUCACCGAAAAGGUUCCGCUGGUGAUACUACGAAUAUUAACGUGCGAAAUCAACAAUUAUACGAACGUAUCUAACACAACUGUACGAAUAAUGACGAAGCAAGAGAGAACGAUUAACAUCUUACAAGCGUGUGUAUUGGCAUGCGUACAUAAUAAGUUGCCAAUUAAUCAUCGAAUGAUUUUCCUAUCUAUAAAUAAAAUGGAAUUAUAAAGGGGA